GAAGUACCGUGCUGCUGCUGCUGCUGCUGACAGCGGAACUCGGGUCUGUAUGAGGUUAGCUCUCUUGACAGUGUUUUUACACGGUCUUGCCCUGCCAUAUAUCCUCUGUAUAAACCCCCUCUGCUGCACACAAAGAUUUGUACUGACAAACAGAGGAGGAUGUCUGCGACUGUGAAUAAUCCUUUCCAACAUAUAGUUGAGCCCCUGGACCCCAAGGACCCAACGCAGCAGUUUUACAAUCUUUCCAAACUUGGAGAUCCCAGAUAUGAGCGUCUCCCGUUCUCCAUCCGGGUCCUCCUGGAGUCUGCUAUCAGGAACUGUGAUGAGUUCCUGGUGAAGAGCUCAGAUGUGGAGAGCAUCCUGAACUGGAAGCAUACCCAGACUCAAACUGUGGAGGUCCCGUUCAGACCGGCUCGAGUCAUCCUGCAGGACUUCACUGGAGUUCCUGCUGUGGUGGACUUUGCUGCCAUGCGUGACGCCGUGAUGAAACUCGGCGGAGACCCAGAGAAGAUUAAUCCUGUCUGCCCUGCUGACCUGGUCAUCGAUCACUCCAUCCAAGUGGACUUUAACAGGAAGUCUGAUAGCCUCCAGAAAAACCAGGACUUGGAGUUUGACCGCAACAGAGAGAGAUUUCAGUUCUUAAAGUGGGGCUCUAAAGCCUUCAGGAACAUGCGGAUCAUCCCUCCCGGUUCAGGGAUUGUUCACCAGGUCAACCUGGAGUACUUGGCCAGGGUGGUGUUUAACUUUGAUGGGUACUUCUACCCCGACAGCCUGGUUGGCACGGACUCCCACACCACCAUGAUAGAUGGACUGGGAGUCCUGGGCUGGGGUGUGGGUGGAAUUGAGGCGGAGGCUGUAAUGCUGGGUCAGCCAAUCAGCAUGGUACUUCCUGAGGUGGUGGGAUACAAACUGUCCGGGACCCCAAACCAGUUCAUAACCUCCACUGACAUCGUCCUCACUGUCACUAAGCAUCUCCGUCAGGUGGGUGUCGUUGGAAAGUUUGUGGAGUUUUUUGGCCCGGGUGUCUCUCAGCUGUCCAUCGCUGACAGAGCCACCAUCGCCAACAUGUGUCCAGAGUACGGAGCCACGGCAGCCUUCUUCCCCGUAGACGAGGUCAGCGUUCAGUAUCUGGAGCAGACCGGGCGAGACGCAGAGAAGCUGGCCUACAUUACAAAGUACCUGAAGGCAGUGUCCAUGUUCAGAGACUACAACAAUGUCUCCCAGGAUCCAGACUUCACCAGGAUUGUGGAGUUGGACCUCACCACAGUGGUUCCAUGCUGCAGCGGCCCCAAAAGACCUCAGGACAGAAUUGCUGUGUCUGAUAUGAAAUCAGACUUUGAAUCCUGCCUGGGAGCCAAGCAAGGCUUCAAGGGUUUCCAGAUUCCUCCGGAGCAUCACAGCACUGCUGUCCCCUUCCGGUUUAAUGACAAAGAUUAUACAUUAAACCACGGCUCUGUGGUCAUCGCUGCUAUCACCAGCUGCACCAACACCAGCAACCCCUCCGUCAUGCUGGGGGCAGGGCUCCUUGCAAAGAAAGCAAUAGAGUGUGGCUUGAGUGUGAAGCCGUACAUAAAGACCAGCCUGUCCCCCGGCAGCGGGGUGGUCACCUACUACCUGAAGGAGAGCGGAGUGAUGGACUACCUCUUUCAGCUGGGCUUUGAGGUUGUUGGCUAUGGUUGCAUGACCUGUAUAGGCAACAGUGGGCCGCUCCCAGAGCCGGUGGUGGAGGCCAUUACCCAGGGUGAUCUGGUGGCUUCAGGCGUCCUAUCAGGAAACAGAAACUUUGAAGGCAGAGUCCACCCCAACACCAGAGCCAACUACCUGGCUUCCCCCCCGCUCGUCAUCGCCUAUGCUAUAGCCGGCACUGUGAGGAUAGACUUUGAUAAAGAGCCCAUCGGCACUAAUUCCGAGGGCAAAGAAGUGUUCCUCAGGGAUAUCUGGCCCACACGGGAGGAGAUCCAGGCUGUGGAGAGAGAGUUUGUGAUCCCAACAAUGUUCAAAGAAGUCUAUGAGAAGAUUGAGAGUGUGAACGAGCGCUGGAACUCUCUGGUUGCUCCCUCCGACAAGCUGUAUCCCUGGGACACCAACUCAACAUACAUCAAGUCUCCACCUUUCUUCCAUGGUUUGACCAUGAAGCUGCAGCCCCCCCAGUCCAUCCAUGAGGCCUACGUGCUGCUGAACCUGGGGGACUCGGUGACCACGGACCACAUCUCUCCUGCAGGGAACAUCGCCAGGAACAGCUCUGCAGCGCGCUACCUGACCAGCAGAGGUUUGAGCGCCCGUGACUACAACUCGUACGGGUCCCGUCGAGGGAACGAUGCCGUCAUGGCCAGAGGGACGUUCGCCAACAUCCGCCUCUUCAACAAGUUCCUUAAUAAGCAGGCGCCGAAGACCAUUCACCUGCCCACAGAGGAAACGAUGGAUGUGUUUGAUGCUGCAGAGAGAUACAUUCAGUCCGGUGUGCCUCUGGUGAUUCUGGCAGGGAAGGAGUACGGCUCCGGGAGCUCCAGAGACUGGGCCGCUAAGGGCCCCUUCCUGCAGGGUAUUAAGGCGGUGGUGGCGGAGAGCUAUGAGCGGAUCCACCGCAGUAACCUGGUGGGGAUGGGGGUGAUUCCUCUGGAGUAUCUGGCAGGAGACAGCGCUGAGAGCCUGGGUCUCACCGGCAGGGAGCGCUACACCAUCCUCAUCCCCGAGCCCCUCACUCCCAGGAUGCUUGUGGACGUGAAGCUGGACACAGGGAAGACGUUCCAAGUGAGGAUGAGGUUCGACACGGACGUGGAGCUGACCUACUUCCACCACGGAGGCAUCCUCAACUACAUGAUCCGCAAGAUGUCUGAAAACUAACAUGCCAAGUACAGUGCAGCGCACAGCGAGAGCAACACGUGCUAUUUUUCUAAUUCCUAACUAGCGUCCAACACUGCAUCACUGUUUUGAGUUCAUCCAAUGAUUUACAGAAGAAUUAUGUCCAAAAAUAAUCCAGUCAUUGGCCAUGUUGGGGCAGAGAACUAAUGUACAGCCAGAAAACAGUAUCAGUUGAGGAAAUGUAUAUUUUAGAUGUGUAUAUUAACUAAAGAUAUGCUAUAGAAGAUGAUUUAAAGAGUUAUCUGAGAGGGUGUAUGGUUGUGUCAAAAGAUUAUUCCAGAUUAUUCCAACAUUAGUCUUGUUUUUGUACGUUUGGUCUUCAUUUAUGAUAGCAUGAAGUUGCUACUCACUAGAGCGAGGUAAAACUAAUUAUGGUCCUACAUGCUUUGGUACGACAGCAGCAUGUAGCGAGCAGUAAAGUCAGUACUCCAAAUUGACAGUUGAAAGGUUAUCCGUCAGCCAGGAGAGAUUGAUUAUAUCCCCAUAGUACUGUGUUUACGUUUUUUGGUCUAGCUUCUUUUCGUUAGCCAAUAUUUUAUUAUGUGAACAAAGUUGAAUUAACUGUGAUAAUGCCUGGGGGGUGCAGUGAGCAGUGGAGAUGUAUUUGUCUGUUACUGCAAAGAAAACCCAAACAGCCAAUCACAGUGGCCUCAGCUUGUAGUAGCACAGCUUCCAUCACAUGUAGCCAGUGAGGUAGUGCUUCACCUUCACGCAGCAGCAGCUUAAAUCCUUCAAGGGAAACAGUGCCAGCACUUUAUCAAACUGCCAUGUCUGGUAGGUCUGGUUGGUGUGCCGCUGUUAGCUCUCAGGGGUGAAAACGUGACAUUCCAGCUGAGGUUCUACACUGUUCAGCAGUUGGCAGUAUAAUGUAAACAGGUUUCAAACUGUUCCUGAGAGUAAACAGAAACCUUAAACCCCAUAACUCUUCUUCAGCUGUUCCAUCUCCACCCACAGCCAGGCCCAGCUCUGAACAGAUAACAGUCACUAAAGACCCAUGUUUUAGUCAUCCAGAAUUCUCUUUUAAAAACCAGGACCAUUAUGAGAUUCAAUCAUAUAUUUUCUUGACUGUAAUGAAGAAGAUGUUGUGAUGCGUUCAAAGCUGCAGGAAAAGCCACUGCAUGGAGGAAGUGGAAGUAUGUUGAUGAUAAUAUCAUAUUAUUGACUAUGAUUAAUGAAUGAAGUGUGACUUGAAUGAGUUAAAUAUCGUCAUGGUUACUCCUCCAGGUAAAUACGCUGAAGUCUGAAGCUAACCAUUAUUCCUCUUUAUUGAUUAAUGUGCAGAUUAUUUCCCUUAAUUAAAUGUUAUAAAAUGUCAAGAAAUUGUGAAAAAUUCAAACCUAAAGAAAUGUAAAUAUGUUCUAAAAAGCAACCGAUAACAGUACAGCACCUGAGACGCUGGAAACAGCAAUUGCUGCCAUUCUUGUGUGACACAUUGUUUUUUGUUUCAUUCUACCCUCUUGAUGUUUCCGGAUUAUUCACAAAUAUGUUCAUGGUUUCUCUUUCUGUCCGUCUCAGAUAACUGUACAGAAAUCAUGCCUGUUUGUUCUUCAGACAUUCCAAACGUCAUUGUGAAUCUGCCUUAAUAACGUCAUGCGAUCGCCUUGAUUUCAUAUGUUUGUGUCUUCUUACAACACUGAUCAUUUGAUUAAGAAGACUGUCAAAACCGUGCUCCAUGUUGAUUCAACCUAAACUGAUUGCAUUAAGCCACAGAUGACUGAAAAGCUGAAUAAAAUUAGAUUUUUCA